AUGGCCGAACAGAUCGUCCAGGGCUUCUUCUGGUGCUCGCUUGCGUCGCUCGCCGUGGUCGGAUGGACCAGCCACUCGAUCUUCCUCAGCUCCAUCCUCGCCACCUUCCUCGAACUGCUCUCCAUCCUCAAGAUCUUCGGCAUCGCCUUGCUCGCCGUCAUCACUCUCGGCCUCGCCAUCGUCCUGUGGGAGCAAGUGCUCAGCAAGACGCACCUCUGGCACAAGCUCUCCACCCGCUUCUCGCCUCGGAACCCGGACACGGCUGACAUCCAUCCGGGCCCCCACGAGCAAGCAUCAUCACCAGACGAACAGCGUUCCAUCCUGCCCGUCGUCAUCCUGAUCAUCGGCCUCGGCACCCUCGCCCUCCUCGACACCUCGUUCCUCUUCCCUGCCCGCACCCCGCCCAGCACCCACUCCUCAGACCAUCAGGCUAGCAAACCGCCCGUCAACCACAACAAGUCCGUCAUCCAGUUCUUCUCAGCCGUCCUCACCCUCGCCCUCGUCGUCGGCUUCAUCGUGUUCAAUAAGGACGAGUAUCGCGCUUGGAAGGCCCGCCGAAGGCUCUCUAAACACCACAGACGCAGACCCAGACAAGAACAUUCUCCCACCCACUCUCCCCCGAAAUAG